AUGAAGAUCUUCGAGAGCUAUUAUCGUAUCGCCAGCCUGAUGUCAACCGCCGCCCAUGUUGCCGCAUUCAACAACCAGGCAAACUUCUCUCCAGAAUGCACACACCCUCCCUACACCAUCCACCUCCUCUCUUGCGAUCCGCUCGUGGUUUACAUAGCCAACUUCCUCACCACUUCCGAGCGCGAACACCUCCUUCAAACAAGCUCUUCAGCUUUCAUUGACUCCCAAACAGCCGACCAGGACGGUACUCAAACCCUUCGUAGCACGCGACGUUCUAAGUCUGCCACUGCUUCCCGCGAUGCUGUGACACGCUGCAUUGAAGAGCGCGCUCUGCGCUUUCAGGGAUUUGACACCCCGCACUCACACCUUGAGCCUUUGCAAUUAGUGCGAUACCAUGCCAACGAGACUUACGAUCUUCACACGGACUGGUUCACGUCUGCGGCGCAGACGACCCGCUCGCACGGCGGGAACCGUCUGACAUCGUUCUUUGCAUACGUGAAAGCAAGUGCAGACAUCUCCGGCGGCGGCACUACAUUCCCGCUGCUGGAUGCACCGAAGGACGAACGCUGGUGUGAAUAUAUCGAUUGCGACACCCCAUUUGACGAAGGUGUGAAGUUUCUUCCCAUUCCUGGGAACGCGGUGUUUUGGAUGAAUCUGGUUGGUGGCCGAGGGGACCAAAGGGUCAUCCACUCGGGCAACGUGGUGACUACUGGGGAGAAGGUCGGCUUGAAUAUUUGGACAAGAGAGGGACCGUUGAGUCCCAAACUCACAGGAGAGGUCAACGAGUACCAUGGAAAUGAAGAAGAGGAUGAGGAAUAA